UUUUCCACAUACCACUCUUGCCACCUAUAAUUCAGUACAGAAUACAGAAAGCCCUCCUUUUUUGUGUAGUGGAAAUAGAAAUAAACGGUAGGGAAAUAUUGAAAUCGAUUUCUCUCGACUCUAUGGGACCGUAGUGGUAGUAGAUAUUUUACUACCAUCAACCCUUUAUAUAUUCUAAGCAGAGUAAACUUCACUGAAUCAAUCAAUCAAUCAGUGGAGAAAAAGGGAAAGGAAAGAAAUAAUGGUUUUGCUAGAUCAACUCUGGGACGACGUCGUUGCCGGGCCUCAGCCUGAUCGCGGCCUCAAACACCUCAAGAAAACCUUUACCAAACCCUUGAACAUCAAAGACGUCGGAGGAGAGGGUAGUAGUAAGUACCAGAGAUCCAUGUCGAUGCCGGCAAGCCCAGGGACGCCGUCGACGCCUUUGACUCCGUCGCCUACAGCGGCGCGUAAAGAUAACGUGUGGAGGAGUGUGUUUCAUCCUGGUAGCAACCUUGCGACAAGGAGUGUUGGGGCUGACUACUUUGACAGGCCACAGGCUAACUCUCCAACUGUUUAUGACUGGUACGCUUUACAGUGGGGAGACUAGGAGCAAACACCGUUGAAGAGAGAGGAGUAUGGUUGAUCUGUUAAUAGUGUCUUUCUACUUGCUUGCUUCCAUGGAAUCAUGAGUUUAUGAUAAUUAAUUACAGGGUUUGCUUGAAUUCGACUGUUUUGAUCAUCUUGUAAAAAUUUGAGUUUUUUUAUAUGGUGUAAGAUGGAUCGGAUCGGCUGCUAUGUUUAUAUAUAUUUGCUAUGAUUUGAACUUCUUAAUUCACUGUUGAAGUCA